CCGAGCGGCGCAGGUUGGUGGGAGACGCGAGCGGUGCAGGGCGAGGCGAGGCGAGGCGAGGCGCGGAGCCGCCGCGGAGCGCGGGAGCCAUGCUUGCCAACUCGGCCACAAUGCGGAUCCUCAUCAAAGGGGGGAAGGUGGUGAAUGACGACUGCACCCUGGAGGCCGACGUUUACAUUGAGAACGGCAUCAUCCAGCAAGUGGGCCGGGAGCUCAUGAUCCCAGGAGGGGCCAAGGUGAUUGACGCCACCGGGAAGCUGGUGAUCCCGGGCGGCAUCGACACCAGCACUCACUUCCACCAGACCUUCAUGAAUGCCACCUGUGUAGACGACUUCUACCACGGCACCAAGGCUGCUCUGGUUGGAGGGACGACCAUGGUCAUCGGCCACGUGCUGCCCGACAGGGAGACCUCCCUCCUGGACGCCUACGAGAAGUGCCGGAGCCUGGCCGACCCCAAGGUCUGCUGUGACUACGCCCUGCACAUGGGCAUCACCUGGUGGGCCCCCAAGGUGAAGUCGGAGAUGGAGAGCCUGGUGCGGGAGAAGGGGGUGAACUCCUUCCAGAUGUUCAUGACCUACAAGGACCUGUACAUGCUGCGGGACAGCGAGCUCUACCAAGUCUUCCUCGCCUGCAAGGACAUUGGCGCCAUCGCCCGGGUGCACGCUGAGAACGGGGAGCUGGUGGCAGAGGGGGCGAAGGAGGCGCUGGAUUUGGGCAUCACAGGACCAGAGGGAAUCGAGAUCAGCCGACCGGAGGAGCUGGAGGCUGAAGCCACGCACCGUGUGAUCACCAUCGCCAACCGGACUCACUGCCCCGUCUACCUGGUCAACGUGUCCAGCAUGUCUGCCGGCGACGUCGUGGCUGCCGCUAAGAUGCAAGGGAAGGUAGUGUAUGCAGAGACCACCACGGCGCACGCCACGCUGACGGGCCUGCACUAUUACCACCAGGACUGGUCCCACGCCGCCGCUUAUGUCACCGUGCCGCCCCUGCGGCUGGACACCAACACCUCCACCUACCUCAUGAGCCUGCUAGCCAACGACACCCUCAAUGUCGUGGCUUCCGACCACCGGCCCUUCACCAGCAAGCAGAAAGCCAUGGGCAAGGAGGACUUCACCAAGAUCCCCCACGGCGUGAGCGGCGUGCAAGAUCGCAUGAGCGUCAUUUGGGAGCGGGGUGUGGUCGGGGGGAAGAUGGAUGAGAACCGCUUUGUAGCUGUGACCAGCUCGAACGCAGCCAAGAUCCUCAACCUGUACCCACGGAAGGGCCGCAUCAUCCCCGGGGCUGACGCAGACAUCGUGGUGUGGGACCCUGAAGCCACCAAGACCAUCUCUGCCAGCACCCAGGUGCAGGGGGGAGACAUCAACCUGUACGAGACCAUGCGCUGCCACGGGGUGCCGCUGGUCACCAUCAGCCGCGGGCGCGUGGUCUACGAGAACGGCGUCUUCAUGUGUGCUGAAGGCACCGGCAAGUUCUGCCCGCUCCGCUCCUUCCCCGACUCCGUCUACAAGAAGCUCGUCCAGCGGGAGAAGAGUUUAAAGUUUAGGGGCGUGGAGCGCACCCCCUACCUGGGGGACGUGGCUGUGGUUGUGCAUGCUGGGAAAAAGGAGACGGGGACUCCACUUGCAGAUACCCCCACCCGACCUGCCACUCGACAUGGGGGCAUGAGGGACCUUCACGAGUCCGGCUUCAGCCUAUCCGGUUCUCAGAUCGAUGACCAUGUUCCAAAGCGAGCUUCGGCCCGGAUUCUCGCUCCCCCCCGGAGGCAGGUCUAGCGGCAUUUGGUAAAACCAGCAACCUGUCCCCAAACUAAGGACGCAGCAGCAGCACCCCACUCCUCCUGCCGGCCCCACCCCCACUGGAAGACCUGGCCGUGCCUCCUCCAACCGCCCCUGGGCACCGGGACACCACAGUGCUGUCCAGCAGGGCUGUUUGCCAUCCAGUCCCGCCAGGCGGUGGCGCCCACUGGGAAGAGGCUGCAAGCCGUGCCCUCCUGCGGGUGGGCCAUGGUAGGGGCUGCCCUGAAAGUAUGGCCAUGCAUCCACACAUGACUGCAGCUCCUUUCUGUGAGAUAACGUUUGCUUUGCAGGCUGCACAGCUGGGCUCCUGGGCCCACUGCAUGCAGCACUAGCCAGCAGCAAGCUGCCUGCGGCAUGGGGCAGGUGGGGCGCUGGUGCGGGCCAGGCCGGGUGGGGGAGGGAGGGCGGCCUCUACGUUCCCUUUUCUGUUUGCACGUUGGGUUUGGAUCAGUGAGUUUUGACUUGUUUGUGCAUCACGUGAAAAUAAUCCCAGGUGGUUUGUGUCAUUAGCGUUAGGGGAGAAGCGGGAGAAGGGCCGGGCCCAUGGCGAGAAGAGGGCGCAGGACCCCCCACACCAGGCUGCUGACUCCGUGCUAUGGACAGCAGACUCUGAAAGGAGGUUGAGGCCCCCCUCACUGGUACACACAGAGCAAGGGCCCCGACUAUGUCCAGAUGUGCUACCCCCCCACACUCACACCCACACCCAGAUCCCUGUGUGGGGAUCUGCUUUCCGCCCCCCCGCACAGAUCCCUGUGUGGGGAUGUGCUACACACACAGACACAGAUCCCUGUGUGGGGAUAUGCUAAACCAACUCCCGUCCGUGGCUGGGCUCCAUUUGAUGGGUGAUGGCAUUGAGCCCCCUUGGAAAGCAUUGAGUUCCUCAGGUGAAACGGGUAUGUCUCUUCCUCUCCCUGUUGCCAUGGGAACAAGCCCAAUGAUGCCACCUCCCAGUUGAACCAGGUUCAGGAGUUUGAAAAAUCCAAGGUUUCAGAGUAGCAGCCGUGUUAGUCAGUAUCUGCAAAAAGAACAGGAGGACUUGUGGCACCUUAGAGACUAACACAUUUAUUAGAGCAUCAGCUUUCGCGGGCUACAGCUCACUUCGUCGGAUGCAUAGAAUGGAACAGAGAGUAAGAAAAUAUAAAAAUACAUACAGAGAAGGUGGAAGUUGCCGUACAAACUGUAAGAGACUCAUUAAUUAAGAUGAGCUAUUAUCAGCAGGAGAAAAAAACUUUUGUUGUGAUAAUCAAGCCGGCCCAUUUAGACAGUUGACCAGAAGGUGUGAGGAUACUUAACAUGGGGAAAUAGAUUCAAUCUGUGUAAUGACCCAGCCACUCCCAGUCUCACAGAUCUUGGGAGACAGGCCAGUCCUUGCUCACAGACAGCCCCCCAAUCUGAAGCAAAUACUCACCAGCAACCACACACCAGAACCACUAACCCAGGAACCUAUCCUUGCAACAAAGCCCGAUGCCAACUCUGUCAAGUGACACCAUCAUAGGACCUAAUCACAUUAGCCAUGCCAUCAGGGGCUCGUUCACCUGCACAUCUAGCAAUGUGAUAUAUGCCAUCAUGUGCCAGCAAUGCCCCUCUGCCAUGUACAUUGGUCAAACUGGAUAGUCUCUAUGUAAAAGAAUAAAUGGACACAAGUCUGACAUCAGGAAUCAUAACAUUCAAAAACCAGUAGGAGAACACUUCAACCUCUCUGGCCACUCAGUAAAAGAUUUAAGGGUGGCAAUUUUGCAAGAGAAAAGCUUCAAAAACAGACUCCAACAAGAAACUGCUGAGCUUGAAUUAAUAUGCAAACUAGAUACCAUUAACUUGGGUUUGAAUAGAGACUGGCAGUGGCUGGGUCAUUACACAUAUUGAAUCUAUUUCCCCAUGUUAAGUAUCCUCACACCUUCUUGGCAACUGUCUAAAUGGGCCGGCUUGAUUAUCACGACAAAAGUUUUUUUCUCCUGCUGAUAAUAGCUCAGCUUAAUUAAUGAGUCUCUUACAGUUUGUACGGCAACUUCCACCUUCUCUGUAUGUGUGUAUAUAUAUAUAUCUUCUUACUCUAUGUUCCAUUCUAUGCAUCCGAUGAAGUGAGCUGUAGCCACGAAAGCUGAUGCUCUAAUAAAUUAUUAGUCUCUAAGGUGCCACAAGUCCUCCUGUUCUUUUUGAAAAUCCAAGCUUCCCUGAGACUGAUGUGUCCCCAUCCCCGAGCGGUGGCCAGUGGGCUGGCCCUGUUCCCACCCUCCCUGUAGCAGUGUCAUUGGGCUAGUCCAUCAGCUGGGGUGCCAUGGCGGGGAGGGGACACCCCCUGCGCCCCAGAGACCAGCCAGCGGGGCCAUCGCAGAGAAAUCAGACUGGCCCUGAGACCCGGCUGGGGGCGAUGGGGAGCUUCUGAGCCAACCCUGCCCUCUCCCAGCCCCAUGGGAGCCCUUGCUAGCCCUGGGAUCCCCCUCGGGGUGUGUGAGAGCCGGCACCCCAGAGCACAGCCAGUCCGUGUCCCAAGAAGCUCACAGCCCAAGAGCCAGGGAGAUUCCUGGUGCCAGCGGCUGGCUGCUGGGGGCUGGGGGGGGGUCCCUGGAGCCACAGGCUCACUGUUGGGCAAGGGAUCUCCUGGUGCCAGAGGCCUGGCUGUUGAGGGUUCGGGGGGUCCCCUGGUGCCAGAGGCUGGCUGUUGGGGGCUAGGGGUAUCCCUAGAGCCAGGGGAUGUCUUUUGGGGUUGGGGAUCUGCUGGUGCCAGAGACCGGCUGUUGAGGCAGGGGGUGUCCCUGGAGCCAAAGGCUGUCUGUUGGGAUGUAGGGGUCCCCCAGUGACAGAGGAUUGCUGUUGAGGGUGGGGGCCCCCCACGCCAGAGGCUGGCUUUUGGGAGGUGGGAGAUCCCCUUGAACCAGAGGCUGGCUGUUAGGGAAUGGGGGGGUCCCCUUGAGCUUAUUGUUCUUUCCCCAACCAUGUGACAUCUCUGCUGUCUGAACCUGUCACAGCCUCCAGAGGCCCUGGCCCCCCAGCCACUGUGCUGCUGAUACGCAGGCCCCACAAGUGCCCCCUCAUCUUCUGCCUGGCUGCCAUCUCUCACUGGGGACGUCUUCCUGGCUGCGGUGGCCACCUUCCUCCUGCGGAGACCCAGGAGCAGCCGAGGCCUAAUGGCUGUCUGCUGGGCCUGGCUGAGAUGAGCAGGGUCUCUGCCUGGACGGCUGCCACUCCAGGGGCUCAGGGCUUGGCUGGAGCGACUCCUUCCCGGCCUGGCUGCUUGCGGGUCGGAGCUCAGCCCUGCUUGUAGGGCAGAGGCUGAGCCAGGCGGUCAUGGACUGGGGCGUCCGGACACCACAGUAAACCCAACUUGUCUAUCAGUGGAAGUAGCAAGGAAUCCAGCUCCCGAGUGUGUGCUGGCCACAGGAGUCCCAGCCACGAGCCACGCCUCUCUCACAUAAUGGUGCUAAACCGUGUUGGCCGCAAGGCUACACAUUCCUGUGCUUUAAUCAUCUGUGUCUGGCAGAACAAGAACAAGCAGCAACCCUGAGCCGGGGCCUGGGGCCGGUUCUCAGUGGACUCGAGCAACUUCUCCUGUGUUUCUCCUCCAUGUUCCUUUGGGGUAGCGUGAAAUGUGAAAUGUAACUUGUGCACUUUUUCCACUAGCUGGUACCUGUAGGUGUGGGAGCAGCCGGGCGGUGGCACUGGCUCCCAGGCCCGGAGGUGUGGGAGCGGCUGGGCAGGGGCGUUGGCUCCCGGGCCCGGAGGUGUGGGAGCGGCCAGGCGGGGGCACUGGCUCCCGGGCCCAUGGCAGAGACUUGGUUCCGGGCCUGCCACCUUCCCCGCUGGAUAGUCUGUAUUGGCUGGUUUUAGAGACAUGCCAUAUGUUUCUGUUUGCUCAUUAAAGAUCGUUCUCACAGUCUGA